AUGCCGGACCACGACUUCUACUUGCUGAGUCGCACUGGCGUCAAGCCGGCGCACUUUGUGUCUGCGAUCGACACGGGCUUCAAGACGAGGUUGAAGCAGGAUCAAGGGGUCACGACAUUACCUGCAGUGGAGAAGGCUCUUUCAGAAGGCACGGAGGUAGCGACGCAGCCCAACCAGUUCCUGGCAAGCAGCAUCAGCGAUGGAUACUUGUGA